UUAUCUGCAGCUUCUUUGUAUGUAUGUAGUACAAUUACUACCCUUCCCACGUUCUCACGUUCCCAAAAAGCAGCACCCAGCUGAGGCAGGUAGAGGGAUGUAUAUUGAUGUAUACUUACCUACCUACAUGCCUGCCAUCCUUGCAUAGCGCCGUUUCGCGCCUCGAUCCACUCACCACUACUACUCUGACGACUAUUCCUACCAGCGGCUGUCGUCAAAAUUGUCACAGAAUCUCGUCAGAUACUCAUCAAGCUUUGCAUCUCAGGAAGCAUAUUUUGGCUAUAUUUUGAGCCCGAAGAAUUUUUAAAAAUACGAAACAAUGCCUACUUCUUUGGACUCGUCUCGCCCAAUCAUGGCACCAUCUACUAUCGGUUCUCCCCGCAGCUCCGUGCGUUACAGCACAUACAGUACCGCGCCCUCGCUAGCAGCGACCGUGCGAACGACGGACUCGGCGCAGGCGGAAAUUCGCGAUAUUGAAUCAGGACUCGAUCGCAUGGAGAACAAAGCCCUAUCGCAGCAGCGUGUCAUCCUUUCUGAAGAAAAGGCGGGCAAUUUGAACAAACUUGCCCUCGGAGCCAAGCUCGACCGUGCUCUCGACCGCCGCAUGAGUAGCCAGGAUGCCGUCAUGAGGCCUCGAAAUAGGAGCGAAUCCGAGAAGGGAGAUGCCGAAAAGCAGGACCCUGAGAAGCAAAACCCCGAAAAGCUGGGCAUCCACAAGGAAGACCCCGAAAAAGAACAAUAGGUUUGCGAGGGAAACUAUUGUGCGAAGAACGAAUACAAAUGAGAGCAAGUAGAUGACUAGAGAGACUAGAGGAUGAUACCAUACGUGGGGCAGCUGCAAAUGGGGGAGUCGGCUGUCCCUCUUUCUUAUUUCGCCUCUUUUCCUAAUACGCGGCCAGUGGUGUGUAUGAAUGUGUACCCAGGUGGGCUUGAGAAAUGAAGUUUGGGAAGCUGGACAACCCAGCCUCUAUCGAUCCCCUUGGCAGUGUGUGAGCCUCGAGAUUAUUCUGAGGAACACGCUCUGGCCUAUUGGUUUGGAUGUGGAACGUGGGAUACUUUUCGAAGCGCUCAGGUCGCCAAGCAAUACCUUGGAGUUUCCACAAGUCGAAUAUUGGGCAGUAUUACGUGAAGGUGUAGAUAUCGGCAGGAUGGAAGAGUAGGGGGGGCACAUGUACGAACGAGACAAGGCAGAUAGUUACAUAAAUAUUGA